UUUAAAAGGGAACAAGGGACGGCACCGUUUCAAUCCUCAAAAGCGAGAAGAGAAGGUCUUGAGCUACGCGUGCGUGCGUGCGAACGAGAGAGAAAAACAGAGGUAAGAAAGAGACACAGAGACGAGAGGCGAGAGCUUGCCUUUGCACUGCGUUAGGGUUUCCAGAAAAGUAAGGGCUGAGCAGAGAAAGAGAAAUAGAGUGUGAGAGAUUUAGAGAGAGAGUGGUGAGGACUGAGGAGAGGAGGUUUCUUCUUUUUAUUGUGUUAGGGUUUCUCGCUUCCCUUUACUUUCACCAAUUCCUUCUCCAUGGAUCGAAAGCUCGUGGUUCUGGGUAUUCCAUGGGAUGUGGAUACGGAGGGUUUGAGAGAAUAUAUGAGCAAAUUUGGGGAUUUGGAGGAUUGCAUUGUCAUGAAGGAGCGGUCAACGGGCCGGUCUCGUGGUUUUGGAUAUGUAACAUUUGCAUCAGAUGAAGAUGCGAAGAAUGCAUUGUCAAGUGAGCACUUUCUUGGCAACAGAAUUCUGGAAGUUAAAGUGGCUACCCCAAAGGAGGAAAUGAGAGCGCCGGCAAAGAAAGUUACCAGGAUCUUUGUUGCCAGGAUCCCACAAUCUGUGACGGAAGCAAACUUCCGAAGCCAUUUUGAGAAAUAUGGUGAGAUAACGGACUUGUACAUGCCUAAGGAUCAAGGCUCAAAAAUGCAUCGUGGAAUUGGGUUUAUCACCUUUGAAAAUGCAGAAUCUGUGGACAGUUUGAUGGCUGAAACUCAUGAAUUAGGAGGUUCAACUGUAGUUGUUGAUCGAGCAACACCAAAGGCAAAUGACUUCAGGCCAAUAGGCAGAGUGGCACAGGGUGGAUAUGGUGCAUACAAUGCUUAUAUUUCUGCAGCCACUAGAUAUGCAGCUCUUGGUGCACCUACUUUAUAUGAUCAUCCAGGCCCUGUUUAUGGAAGGGGUGAGCCCUCUCGAGGAAUGGGCAAAAAGAUUUUUGUUGGUAGGCUUCCUCAGGAGGCAUCCGCUGACGAUCUCCGUCAGUAUUUCGGUAGAUUUGGUCGUAUAUUAGAUGUCUAUGUUCCCAAGGACCCUAAGAGAACUGGACACCGGGGUUUUGGUUUUGUAACUUUUGCUGAAGAAGGUGUAGCAGAUCGUGUAUCUCGAAGGGCUCAUGAAAUUUGUGGACAUCAGGUCGCAAUAGAUUCAGCCACACCUCUUGAUGAUGCUGGUCCCAGUGGAAAUUUUAUGAUGAAUGGUGCUGAAUCCUUUGGAGGCUAUGGCGGUCCCAUGCGCACUUAUGGCAGGAUGUAUGGAAGCCUGGAUUUCGAUGACGUGGGUUGGGGCUAUGGAAUUGGCAGUGCCAGACCAUCAAGAGCAGAUUGGAGGUAUAGGCCAUACUAAAGAGUUUCGCCAGGAGAACUUGCACAUUGCUUCUCUUAAAAAUGCAUUGCAUUUUGUGUUAAAUUGUAUAACUUGAAUAUACUAUUAGGAUGUUCAUUUUCGAAGUCGACCUAAUGGGUUAUAGACUCGUGUUUAUGCACCCAUCUCAAUGCAUUUAUAUAUGUAAUGUGCUGGGGAACAUAGGUUGGAACCUGCCCUUAUGUUUUGAAAAAUUGUCCGAAUUAAUAAAACUAAAGUGUUAAGUGAUCA